CAAAUCUGGGUGUCGCUUCCUGUUUGGAGCUCAACAUUUUCACUUCCCUCACCUAUAAAGAUGAGAAAAAAUAAGAAUCUCAUCGUCAAUAUGGACUCGCUCGUCCUUCUCCUCCUCAUCCCCGCACUUCACCUGGUACAUGCAGCUCAUUCUCAGGUCUCAGUCCAACCCACUGUGGAGUUUGUGUCCGGACAGUCCAGGAUCUUCUCCGGUGAGAACCUUAAACUCCGUUGCCAAGUUCUGGACGACUACAACUCCGCCUGGACUAUCCAGUGGUUCCGGGACCUGCAGCUGUUGCCUCGGGGAGGGGAUGUUCUGUAUCUCAGGAGAGUGUCGGUGGAAGCGAACGGGAAAUACUCCUGUCGAGGAGUGAGAGGCACGGACCAGGGUAACAUUUACACCAAGAGCAGUCCACCUGUGGAUGUCCAAGUCGACGGUGGGUGGGCAAUUCUACACAACCCCCAGAAUCGAAGUCUGGUGGGAACAACGCUGGAGCUGAGCUGUGACCUGCGAAACAAUCCCAAGGUUCGGGAGGUGAUCCUGUACAAAAACGGUGUGGAAGUCAUGAGAAAUGGCCAACUGAACCAACGCUUCUACCUGAGCAACGUGACGCUGGCGGACACCGGGCGCUACUCCUGCAGGGCAUCAUGGGACAUACAGAGGCAGACGUACUCCGUCAUCUCAACUCCAACCUACGUGGAAAUCUUAGAGAUUCUGACCAAGCCGGUGCUGGUGAUGGUCACAGAUGAUCCAAAAAUUCCAGCGACUAAGAUGAGGCUAGAGUGUCACGUCCAGUACAACGCUCCGGAGCCCGCCCCUGCAGCCCAUUACUACUUCUACCAGCAGGACACCCAGGUGGCGCCCGCCUCCUCCCUCAACCGCGUCCUGCUCAGCCGUCAGCCUGGCUUGUACACCUGCAAGGUACGGGUGCCUCAGUUGGGUCUUCUGAGAUUGAGUGAGGCCAGAAGGUUUCGAUAAGGAAUCAAAGUCUGCUAUGACUGGCUGCUGUUCAAGGUCAGAGCCGGUCAUCGGUCCCUUUAAGGAAGCGAGGUCUCCGUAACUAAUGCUUCAGACUUCAACCCUCUAACCUCUCGGGAAACAGAAUUUUGGUUCUCACCCAUUACAUUUUUGGAGCCAGAUUUUCCAGGGUCCACGUCCGCACCUGCAAAAUGAAGACCUUUAUUCUGCUGCUUCAAACAGGAACAAAAAUGGGAAGAAUUCAAGAUGUCUGAAUUAAAUAAACCGAAAGUGAAAAAUCUGUAUCUUUUAUCUGAAUUAUUUGCUUCUGAUUUCUAUUGUAAUGUCCAAGUGUUCAAUGUAGC